CAGGAGAACUACGAGGACCCGCACAAGACGCCGGCGUCGCCCGUGGUUCACAUCCGCGGCCUCAUCGACGGCAUCGUGGAGGCCGACCUGGUGGAGGCGCUGCAGGAGUUCGGGCCCAUCAGCUACGUGGUGGUGAUGCCAAAGAAGCGGCAGGCCCUGGUGGAGUUCGAGGACAUCCUGGGCGCCUGCAACGCCGUCAACUACGCGGCCGACAACCAGAUCUACUUCGCCGGCCACCCUGCCUUCGUCAACUACUCCACCAGCCAGAAGAUCUCGCGGCCCGGCGACAGCGACGACGCGCGUGGCGUCAACAACGUGCUGCUCUUCACCAUCCUCAACCCCAUCUACUCCAUCACCACGGACGUGCUGUACACCAUCUGCAACCCGUGCGGGCCGGUGCAGCGCAUCGUCAUCUUCCGCAAGAACGGCGUGCAGGCCAUGGUGGAGUUCGACUCGGUGCAGAGCGCGCAGCGCGCCAAGGCCUCGCUCAACGGCGCCGACAUCUACUCGGGGUGCUGCACGCUCAAGAUCGAGUACGCCAAGCCCAGCCGCCUGAACGUGUUCAAGAACGACCAGGACACCUGGGACUACACCAACCCCAACCUGAGCGGGACAGGUAAGGGGGCGGCCUCACCUGGCCAGGUGGGCACCAGGGAGGGAGGGGCCACGAGCUUUGGGGAGGAUCCCUGGGAUUGGGGGGGGUUGGAAAAGGGGGAGGGGCCAUUGCUUUCCCACUUGGAGCCUGGGGGAGUGGCACACCUGGAUGGGUGACACACCUGAGAGGUG